CUUACAUAAGAAAAUACCCUUGAAAUCCCCAUUGAUAGGAUAGGAGAAUUAAUUAGAUCUUCAAGCUUGAUCUACUACAUAAUUUACUAUGCUAUGUAUUAUCACUCUAAAAAGUACAAGGUAUAACUGUUCAAAUCCGAAUGCCUCAUAUUAGAUUACCUAGACAAGAACACACCAAUUCAACAACAUGGCAAGGACAACUAGGUCAAAGGCGAGCGCAUCGGCCGCCGCAACAUCAGAUACCAAGUCGACGACCUCCAGCACCAAAUCAAGAUACGCAUUACCUACAGAAUCCAUAAAUCCACCCAAGCUCUUCAUUCUGCCCACCAGCGCUACCAAAGAUGCGAAAAUAGUCUCCUUAUUGAACCCAAGAUACUCAAAACCGACGAGAUAUCUAGUAUGCCCUGAAACUGGUAUAUACGAAUUUACCAGGAUCGCUGCGCCCAAGACGACGCCUAGAAGCUGGUUGAUAGAAUGCAGUGAUACAGGCAAAGUGGAAGAGAAGACGAGCAAAGAUGACGCUGAGCUUGGCGCUUAUAUCACUAAAGGUGCUGACUUAUACGUCGCGACCCUCAUCGAUCCUAUGUUCCUUCUCCUACCUGCAUUUGCAGACCAAUCCACCAAUACCAAAGAUGGGAAGCGGAUGUUUGUGUCUAGCGACGACCACCUCGACUCCAUACGCGACAAGUCCCCACACCUAUCUGAAAUAUUGCGAUGGGGGAAUGUACGGACAUUACUAGAGUCGCGGAUGGCCGCAAUAUGCGAUACGGUAGAUGCAGGCAACGAGUCCAUGUUCCGUUUCAGCGAAGACAAGCUCUUAACCGAAGUGCUAGGCAAGGCGCAGAAGAUGAGCGAGCAACCCUUGCCGAAAAGUAUGGAGGAAAAGUUUGUGGCUAAAGCUCUAGAAGCGCCGGUCGUGGGUAUAAAAAGAGAGAACACGACAACAUUGUCUAUCUCACAGCAGACAGAAACACAAGCACAAUCAGAGACCCCAGCGUCAACCUCAACAGCAUCGACCCCCAAACCCGAGUCUGUCGAAAGCCAAUCUUCUACCUCAUCUACAGAAACAAAUACAACCGUUGUAUCAGAAGUAUCUACAACUGCUACCUCAGUUGUCGAAGAAUCGAUAACCACUACUACUGCCACAGAACUAACACCCUCGCUCGGCGCCUCUCCAGAAAUCAUAAAACUACAACGCCUCCGCACAGCCUUCAACUUUAUCUGCUCAUGCUACAUUGCCCCAUCACAAGCCACGCAGUUACAGACGAAGCUCAAGGAGCAGAAACCCCCGGCAGUCGAUUUCGCGCCGCUGGACACCUACCUAGAGGGUAUCAGCAAGCUACGACAGGAGCUAGCCGCGGCGCGCAGCGUGGGCGACUACUCGCGAAAACGCGUAUUAGACGAGGACGAAGUAGCAGAUCGCGCCGAGAAGAAGCGCCGGAAAGAAGAAGACGAGAAGCGGAAGAAGGCCGGCGAGAGCAGGGGCGUGAAAAAUCUAAAGAAGGUGAAUACGGUGGGGAUGAAGAAGAUGAGUGAUUUCUUCAUGAAGAAGUAAACUUGGAAUAAAAAUAGGAAUAAGUACCGGCGUUUAGAAAGGGUAUAUGUCAUCAAAUGUGUAUAGUAUUUGGGCUUGGGCUAGGUUUAGCCUUUGGAUAUAUGUGCCCGUUCAUCAUUCGUGUAUACCUAAGACAGCGGCAUAAUCAUCAAAUCAAGCCUUUUAAAGCUUUAUCGUAUCCGCCCCCCCUUUUAACUAAUAGCCUCGUGUCCCUCUCGACCUUCCUCUCAAGAACCCUCGGCCGAUCCCCGAGGUCCCUCUAGCCGUACUCGUCGAGCUUGUGUCUGCUGCGGAUGUAGGUCUACUAGACGCGGAUGAGUACACGCUUCGCCCUGUUGU